GGAUAAAAGCGAUGAGUAGCUACGGCCAACUGGAUGUGUUUAUAUCGCCAUUGCUGAAGUGAGAGCACUUGGAUACUCAAUAUUUUUGUCGAUUAAAAAGUGGACGUGUAACAAAAACUUACCAAGGCUAGAAUUAAAAUUAUGUUAAGUAUUUGAUGAAACGCCGGAUUAAUGGUUAAAUCGGAGAUGACCUGCGCCACCGAGAUUGUUGGCAGCUGGUAUCCAAGUGGUUACUACGGGCAUUUUCGCAGCAAGACCCGAAAUGAUUUUGUAUGUGAAUACAGACAGCUUGCAAAACCUCAGCCUCCAAACAAAUUCCUGAACAGAUCAAAGCAACCUACGGCCAGACAUGUGUUUUCUAAUCAUGACAACCGAGAAUCAUUCCUAAACGAUGCCUUAUACUUUGAACAAGGUUUGGGACGAAAGCGAGCUCCUAACAAGGCCUACAGCUUCAAACAGGACUUUAUAACAUGGAUGCCAGAGAGAGAAUACAUGCAACGGACUCAACGCCCUCUGGUGUCGACCUACAGAACAGAUUUCAAAACCUCACAAAAAGUACCACAAAUCUUUGUGAAGAAACCGCCUUCAUCUUUUGAUGGGGUUAGUACAACAUCAUAUAGGUAUGCGCACGGCAGCGAAAUAGCCAACCCGAACAGACAGACGAUAAAUGCGAUGAACAAUGAGGCACUCAAACUUAGUUUGUUAAAUAGAAAAAAUCGUGCCAUGUCAGCACGGGGACCGGUUCGUGAGACUGUGGCCUCUUGUAUGAACUGGUACGACCCUGCAAGAGAGCGACCCAAAACUGCGGUUCAGAAUCAGAAGAGUCCGGCAGCAUCCCAGACGACGGCGUUACAACCCCAUCCACCCUCUGAACCAGCCCCACCCAAAGUAGAACCACCCCCACCAGCAGCACCGGAGAGGCAGGAAACCAUGGCACCAGUAAGACAGGCCACUGUGGUUCAACCAGAACCGGUCAAGCAACAACCUCAACCAAGUAUUGCAUGGGCACCACCUCAACCAACCAACAUGGAAGUGGCGUGCGCAUGAACAGGAGGAAAAAGGAGUGAUACCUUAGGACCUACAUAACAAAACAGUCCCCGUGAGCACGGUUACAUCAGAGUGAAUGUCAUAAUAUUAAGCUGAUGUCAAGUAGAUUUUCUCUGUAUGUUUGUAUACCAAAGUAUAAUGUAGAUUUUUAUGAAAAUUAUUCAGAGUUUAACAUUAUCAAUAUUCAUGGCAAUUUCAUUUUCAGCAGAUUUCAUGAAUAUAUUUAUAAUGUAAGCUCGCCUAACUCAGAGAAAGGUUUUAUUUGUUAUGACUGUAUCGGUGACAAAUGGAUUUGUCAUGCCAAUUUUCCCUUUAGUUGUGUUGUCUUAUGAUCUAGGAUGAGUUAUGUUUUGUAUGAACUCAGCGAUUUGUUUGUUUUAGAUUUCAAUUUCAGUGAAUGUCCUUUUUGGUAAUACACAAUAUAUUAUAGCAUAGGCGGAUCCAGGAAUUUGUAAAGGGGGUAGGGGGUUAGCACUUGAUCUUUUAGCUACUUUUCACAAUCUCCACCCCCACCCAAUUUACACAUUUUGCUUGUGUACAUAACAUCAUGGAGGGGGGGGGGGGGGGUAACUUGAGACGGUUUUAUGCAUGGAAGUGCUUCGUGUUAUUCACUACUUGUUUCCAAAGUUCUAGUCAUUGUUAUCGCUAUAUACUCAGAUCUGAUUUUGAAUAAUGAAAAAAAGGUGAUUUAAAGGUUACUCCCAAUAGGCUGGGGACCGCCUAGGCCCCCAGAAGCUCUGCGGUAAAUGGUGCAAAAUCCUGCAUUCUGAGCAUUUCCUGGCACUUCUUUUUCACUUUUAAAUUGUCUGCUUCUUACAACACAACUUUUAUGUCACAUAUACUUUUUAAGAAUUCUUAAGUGAUACUUAUAUCUGAUGAAAAUAUCGUAAAUAUAUAUCAGUGUUCCAUCUUAUUUAUCAUAACAUUAAAUGAUAUACUGGUGUUGAUGAAUUUGAAUGAUGCAGUUAGGUAUAAGUGUAUCCACCUUUCAUAUCAUUUUGACUCAAAAUCUCGUUAGAAUUGAAUAACUUAAUUUUUUUUGGUCUGCAAAAAAGGGGGGUCUGAACCCCCUGGUCCCCCCACCCCCUUCUGGAUCCGCCCUUGUAUGGAGAUAUUUUGAUGAAUAUCAAAGAAUUUCAAGCAAUGAGAAAUUGUCAACUGUGAUCUGCAAAAGGGAGAUAAUUCAUACAGCAGUUGUUCACAAGAUAUGGAUAAACAUCACUGUGUUUUACAUAGAGCAUGGUUUUAAUUUGUUGUUUUGUUUAAGUAACGGUAAUAUACUCUUUAUGUGUUCUGUGUUGUAGAGUGCAGAGUAACUUUGUUGGAUUACAUGUAGUAUUUAAUGCUUUUGUUAUUUUGUAAUCAACAAGUAUUUCUUGAUAUGCAAUUUCAACAAGAGCACUUUAUGUGAUGGUUUCAAAGUAAUUUAUUUAUUUUAAAUUCAGAUACACUUGUGAACAAUUUUAAUUGUUUUAGAUUUUAUAUUUAAGAUUAAGGAAAUACAACACACAGAUAUGAUAUAAAGGUGUACAUCCUUCAACAAUGUCGUCCAACUCUCAUCUAUAUAUUUCUUUUGGUUCACAUUAUAAAUUCCUGCAUUUACAUUUUUUUCUUCUUAAACUUUUCAAUCAGCUCUCUAUGUAUACUGUAUUUUAUAUGUUUAUCUGAACAGUCAUGUGACAUCACAGAGUAUAUGUAGAGAACUGGACUUUAGUUCAUUGCCUAUGAAGUUGGGGUUCGAAUCUUUACAGGUGCACAUAUUUUUUUUUGUCAAUUAUCUAUGGAUACAGUAAGAAAUAAAACAAAAUUAUUAUAUUCAAUCUUAUUGAUAGUGUGAAUGGAAAGUUAGCUUAAAGGGAAAUAAAUUUCACUUAACAAUCUUCAAGCAUUGUUGAAAGAUAAUUUAGAUGAUAAACUUAUGGUAAAGAAAAUCUUUAAUGUUGUAAACAUAUCAGAUGUUACAGCCUCAACCAAUGAGCUCCUCUGAGCAUCUAAGUGAAUAAUUCGCUCAAAAUGUGCUGUAUUUUAUGAGAGGUAGUACUAUAAUCAACAUUAUGUUGUUAGCUGAAUGUAUACUCAUUUUUCUUGUACAUCAAAGUUUCUAUUACCUGAAUUUUAUUCCGUCCGAAAAAAGUAUUUUAUUGAAGGUAUUUUUAUUUUUCUCUGAAAGUUUUUAUAUACAUGUAUAUGCUCCCUUUAGCUUUGCAAUAUUGUACAUUCUCCUUCCAAGUAUUUUGUUUAUGUUGAAAUUAGUACAAAUUGUGUCAUACCUUUAGCGUAUACGACAGUGGGAAAAAAGAUCUGAGUAAAGAUUUUUUCAUAUUGUAUGAACAAACUAACCAGAUUCUCAAAGACUUUGGUGCACAGGUAUAUCACAUUUACAUAAUGAAUGCAGUAUUAAUGAAGAAGGAGGGGUCAGCGUUUGUUAAUGAUCUAAUAUUCCUAACGAGUACUGUGUCACAGGUCAUUUCUAUGGGGAAGUAAUUUUUGCAAAUUUUUUACAUUUCAAUCAAAACUAGUAAUCUGCGGAAAAUUGAAGUUUAAAGUGACUCCUAUAAAAUUGAUCCUGAUACAGAGAAUAUCACAUGAAGAAAAUGUCUUAUCUAAACAAGGCAGAUUUGAGCCUUUAAGGGCAAAGAUUAGAACCUUUAGAAGUAACCCUGCAUGUGUACAGUACAUUAUUUGCAUUUAGUUUAUUGCUUUCUGAUGUGAUAUUUUUAUGUAAAUAAAGCAUGUCUGUGAUGAGUUGUAGAUUUUAACAUUUUAGAAAUAAUUGUUUGAUUUCUCCAAUUUCAUGUCUGUAAGUUGUAUUCAGAAAUUCAUGUAAUCAAAUGCUAUAUUUAUCAGGUUGUGGGUGGCCUUCUAUAUAUAUAUUUUAUAGAUUAGGAACCAAAUUUUCUUAAAGGGAAAUUUAACAGUCAUGUUUCUGAAAAAUUCUACUUCCUGAUAUCAGGUGGCUAGUUUUGGCAUAAAGAAAUGUAAAUUAAAUUUUGUUGUUUAAGAAAUUCAAAAUAUUCACUUAUUCAUGAUCACUGGUACGUACAUUGUACAUGUAAUUAUGUACAAUUAUGAUAGAUUUUUAAAUUUUUAGGUAGAUAAAUAUUUCUAUGAUUUAUGUUAUGUAACAAGACUGACUUGUAUACCAGAGUAUGGCUGAAAUUCAGAGCAAUAUAGAAAUAUCUAUUAAAAUUAGGGCUUAAAA